CUUUAAGCAGAGCAGGCGGGAGGGAAAGAGGCGGGUCAGGAUUUCCCCCGCCUGGCCCUUCCUUCCCUUCCGGCCCGUCUCUCCCCACGUGUGUCCGCCUCCCUCGAUCCCCAGCCACCAUGCUGCUCGCUCGCGCCCUGCGCUCCACCGCCCUCUCCGCCGUGGCGCGCCUCCCGAUCCAGCCCCGGCCGCUGCUGUCCUUGCAGCCCAGCUCGGCAGCGCCUCCCGGCCUGGCUUUCGCCGUCUCCCGGCCCUUCACCCGCUCGCUGUGGGUGCUGCGCGGCGCCGGCCAAGGCCCCAGCCGCCUCCGCCUCCGGCCGGGCUCGCCCUCCGUCUCCUGCGCCUGCGGCGGCCUCCACACCGAUGGUGAGCUACGCGCGGAGGGCAGGGGAAGGGGGAAGAAGGUCGCUCGCAAGGAACGCAGGGCUCCGGGCGGCGCUUGCUCGCGAGGAAGCCCCCCUUGGGGCCGCUGGGGAUCGCGUCCGAGGAAAAAGACGGCCGCGAUCCUUCUCCUAGCGAGCUUUUGUCCUGGGAAAAGUGCUUGGGGGCUGGGCUGCGAGCCAAGGCGCGCUUGCUCGCGAGGAAUCCCCCUUGGCAUCGGGUUGCUCGCGAGUAAAUGUGCGCCUGCCAUCCAAGAGGAGCUUACGCCCAGGGGGAGGCAUGCCUUGAAAAAAAUAGUAAUAAUAACGGGUAUGGGUUCAUCCUCAUCCCCCCCCCCAAAGCGGGAUUGAGCAGUUACUGAAUUUCCAUCCCACGUUUUUUCUCCCAGGAGCUCAAGGUCUGUGGUUUUCUCCCUCCGCAUUUAUUCCCCACAACACCCCAAGGAGAUAGGUUAGACUGAGAGGCAGUGACUGGCCCCAAGGUCACACCCUUGAGUUGCAUGGCCGAGCCCUGGGGUCUUCCCAGUCCGACACUAACCAUUGGCUCUCUGCAAGCCUUUAAAUUACCUAAUUUGAUAAAAGGAUCAGGAGCUGGGAAGAUGUUUGAGGGCAGAGGCCUGAAUAGGGUCAGGCAGGAAGGGAAAGAGCACGUGUUUCCUAGUUCCAAAAGAAAAUCUGGCAGUUCAGUUCCAUAAAUGCUUACUCAAAAGGUAAGCCUCAUUAAGUUCAGGGGGACUUACUCCUGGGUAAACAUGCAAAGGACUUGGGCCUCACUGCAUCUCUAGUAAUAGUUCUGAAAAGCGCCUACAGCCAUGGCUUAGAUGGAUCCCAUGUCAGGCUUCCUCAGAGUAGACCCACUAGUAGUCAUGGCCUUUGAUUUCACUGAGAUUGCUCUGAUUGUGUUGGAUGCAACCCAAUAUUCAUGGAAAUAAGUCCAGUUGAAAAAUGGGGAUUUGAGUAAAUGCUUAGCAGGUUUGUAGGGUGGUACAAAAACAGUAAAGUUUUUGGAUUUUUAGCUCAGAAGUUUUGGUUUGCAUAAUAAGUGCUGUGGGUUACUUGUAUUAACUGCUGCUAGUUAUCUGGAAUAAAAAAAUCACUUAAAGUUUCAAAUAGUGUGUGCUUAAUAGUAUCUACUUAUUGGAUGUGCUAGAAAUAAUAAGGAUGUUGGUGAUGAUGGUCACAGCAUUUAAUAAUGAUAAUAACAUUUCUUCCAAAUCGCUCCUUAACAGUUUUAGGACAUGGACCAGCAUUUGCCAGCAUUCAUGCCCGCUGUCAAAAUGUUAUACAGUGGUACCUCUGGAUAUGAACGGGAUCCGUUCUGGAGCCUCAUUUGCAUCCAGAAGCAAACGUAACUAGCGACGGCACGUCUGCGCACGCGUGCAUCGCUUUUCGCGGCUUCUGCACAUGCGCGUAAUGUCAUUUUGAGUGCAUGCGCGGGCGGCGAAACCCGGAAAUAACAUGCUCCGUUACUUCCAGGUUGCCGCGGAGCGCAACUCGAACGCGCUCAACAUGAAGCAUAUUCAACCCGAGGUAUGACUGUACUUCAAGCUCCUUGGAGCGCAGACCCGGUGGCGCUGCCAAAAUUAUUAAACAGCACUGCAAAUUCCUUUCUUAAUGGCUUGAGAGUGAUGCUUUGUCUAUCAAUCAGGAGUUUUUGGUUCGUGGUGUCAGAGGGGGAAGAAAACCUGUUAUUUUCCACCCCCCAACCUGCAGGUGACAAAGCUUUUGCAGAGUUCCUCACGGAUGAAAUCAAAGAAGAGAAGAAAAUCCAGAAGCACAAGUCCCUCCCCAAGAUGUCCGGAGGGUGGGAGCUGGACGUGCACGGCACAGAGGCCAAGCUAGUGCGGAAGGUAGCUGGUGAAACGUAAGCGUGCAAGGAAUUUUCACAGAGGGCCUAAAAAGGACAGCUGGGGUGGGGUACAGUUAUGCCUCUGGAAUAACCCAGAAGCUGAGCUGCAAGUCCCAUCAUCCUUGGCCACACUUGCUGGGGCUGAUGGGAGUUGUAGUUCAGCGGCAACUGGAGGCCCAAAGCUUCCCAGCAUGUGGAGUAGAACACUAGGCUGCUCUGUCUUGAUCUCUGCUUGCUGAUUUCGGGUCCACUGUCUUGCAGGGUCACCGUUUCGUUCAACAUUAACAACAGCAUCCCACCGAGCUUCGACGAGGCUCAGGAAGGGCAGAAGCCGGAUGAGCAAGAGGUAAGCGAGGAAGAAUCCUUCUCCAAGGGAGGCACCAGAGUUAACGCUAAAUCGUUUCUGGUAAAUGAGCCACCAUAGCUGCUAGAGGGCUGUGAAAAUAUGUGCCCAGGGCGUCUGCCCACUUACUAUCUGAAACCAAAGGGACGUGUUGGUUGCCAUGUGUGAAUUUCCCCCCCAGCUCUCCUAUCCCACUAUUGGGUGGGUCGUGUCCAGAGUAGCAGCAGCCAUGACCUCCCUUCUUGCUCUUGCUAGCAGAGCAUCCUUCGGCCACUGUUCUUUCCGAGGCCCACACAGGUGUUUGUUUCUCUUCUCUAGCCUGAGCUCACGUCAACCCCAAACUUCGUUGUAGAAGUCACCAAAGAUGACACCAAGCAGACGCUUGUGCUGGAUUGCCACUAUCCUGAGGACGAGGUGGGUGUUGUUUUCGAAAUGAAAGUGUGGGGCCAUGUGGCCCUUGAGCCCCCUUUUCUGGCCCUUGGGGGCCUUUCCCAAGGCCAUGCUAUUCCCUGGCCCCUGCGGCAUGUCCCCCUCAGGUGUUUUAGGCCUGGCUGGAAUAUUAUUAUUUAUUGCAUUUAUAUCCCAUCUUUUUCUCGCAAGGAGCUCAAGGGGGUAUACAUGGUUCACCCCUCCUCAUUUAAUCCUCACAACAACCCUGUGAGGGAGGUUAGGCUGAGAGCCACUGGCCCAAGGUCACCCAAUGAGCUUUGUGGCUGAGUGAGGAUUUGAACCCUGGUCUCCCAGGUUCUAGUCUGAGAGACGCUAACCACUACACCACACUGGAACUCUGAUCAUACCUCUUGCUAGCCUGGAUGGAGGAUAGAAAGUGGUGUGUGGGUGUAUAAACUAGCCUACCUGAGAAAGUUAAUAUUUGCAUAUGUUGCUCCGCCCACGUUCGCUCCAGGCCCUGCCCACCAUGCCAUGUGGCCCUCAGAAGGUUGCCCAGAAGGGAAUGUGGCCCUUACUCUGGAAGAAGCCUCUCUGCCCCUACAGUACAGUAAACCAGCUUUCCUCAUCAGCCUGCCUGCCAUCCAGAUGUUUUCUAUAUCCCAACUCUACAUCAUCCCUGACCAUUGGCCAUGCUGGCUCAGGCAGAUCCAAGUUGGGGUCCAGAACAUCUGGAAGGACCCAGGCCGAAAAAAUAUUUACCACAGGGAUGGGAAACCCACCUCGGGUACCACGCAGUACCUGUUCUGCAUUUGUAAGAAAUCCAUCUCUUAAUGUGUCAGCACCCACACUUUGGAACUCGCUGCCUAUUGACAUCAGGCAGGUGCCUUCACUGUGCUCUUUCUGGUGCCUGAUAAAAACAUGAUUGAUUGAUUGAUUGAUUGAUUGAUUGUAUAUACUGCCCUAUACCCACAGGUCUCAGGGCGGUUCACAGAAUAAAAUCAAAAUAUAAAACCACAAAAUACAUAAUCAAAAUCAAACCCAAUCAGCAUAAUCAGCAGCAACCCAAUAACUCUCACAUUUUAAAAGAGGUUUUUAAAAGGCAUUUUUGUUUAGGCAGAUUUUUAGAAAGUUGACCCCAGUUUUAAUCUGCUUUUGGUCUAUUGCUACCUUAACAUUUGGAAAGCCUCAAAUUAUUGUUCCAUUUUUCUUACUGAUAAUUUUAUUGUUUUAUCUUUUUUGUGAACUGCUUUGAGGUUGUUUUUUUACAAUUGAAGUGGUGUAUAAAUUUUAUUAAAUAAAUCAUGGGUAGGCAAACUAAGGCCCAGGGGCCGGAUCUGGCCCAAUCGCCUUCCAAAUCUGGCCUGUGGACGGUCCGGGAAUCAGCGUGUUUUUAUAUGCGUAAAAUGUGUCCUUUUAUUUAAAAUGCAUCUCUGGGUUAUUUGUGGGGCAUAGGAAUUCGUUCAUUUUUUUUUUUUCAAAAUAUAGUCUGCCCCCCCCCCAAGGUCUGAGGGACAGUGGACCGGCCCCCUGCUGAAAAAGUUUGCUGACCCCUGAAAUAAAUGGACAAUUUACAGCUAUUGGGGGGUAGCUAUCUCAGUGAAAUCUGGAUCAGGUCCGUGGGGAGAACUGUUAUAGGGCAUGGAAGAGAAGCCCUAUGUCAUGUGCUUUGGGGGAGCAGCGAGAGAGUUUCUACCAGGCCCAUGGGUUGGAGGGAAGGGUUUUCUUGGGGGGGGGGAGUGUGGCUUAGCAUCCCACGAUUGGACCUUGUUUAGCUGCUCUGCAUCUACCAGCAUAACUCCCCCCCCCCCCAAAAAAAGCUUAAUACAGAACUAUCUUAAAGCCACCCACCACUUUAUUUUCCAUUCCUGCCAACUGGGUUGUUUCUAACCACCCCCUUUAAAAAAACGAAUCAGGUUGCUCCUGGCGAAGAAGAAGACAGCGACAUCUUCUCUAUCCGAGAGGUCAGCUUCCAGCCCACCGGAGACUCAGAAUGGAGAGACAAUAAUUACACCCUCAACACGGACUCUCUCGAUUGGGUAGGAGCAGCUGUAUAACCAGGGUACACGCACGUGGGUGGUGCACUUAUUUUGCAUGGCUGUAUUUUCGGUUUUACAGAAGUGCAGUUUAGUCUGGCUGCACGCUUGCCUAGAGGAUAAGCGAAACUAGCAAACCUGCUAAUAUGAGCGUAUAAGGAAGGCUUGCGCACCGCAAGGACCCUUGUGUGCAUCUAUGAAAGGACAUCCACAUGUCUUCCUUGACGCCUCUUGGGUAUCAUAUUAGAAAGAUGCAUUAUGUCCUGUGCAAGAGCUCAACACCAAGUGAUGCGGAUUUUCCAGAAAAAUGUGAAAAGCUCCUGAAUCACACAGGUGCACUUGGUUGGGAGCUACACAGAGCUCCCAAGAACAUGUUUGUGGCAAAUCCAGGUUUACCUAGCAGAAAGGAGUGUAACAGCUAUUGUGUUUUUGUGACACUCACUCUCUCUCUCUUCCUGCCCCCCCUAAAUCCCAUUAUAUUCCUAGGCUCUGUACGACCACCUGAUGGACUUCUUGGCUGACCGAGGGGUAGACAACACAUUUGCGGAUGAGCUUGUUGACCUCAGCACAGCGCUGGAGCACCGGGAAUACAUUCGAUUCCUCGAAGACCUUAAACUCUUUGUCAAAUGCCAGUAGGCUGAGAAGAGUGUCAGGGCCUGUAUAUUUGGGGGGGGGGGUCCUCAAUUUCCUCUGCUUUUUUUCCCCCCACUGAAGGCUGGACUUUGUUUCCAAACGCUGUGGAACGAGAGCGAGAACUGGGAGCUUCACAUGGGGUGUGUGUGUGUGUGUUAAACAUGCAUCCUUGGAAGGAGGAGAUGUCACUGUUUCAGAACCCUGACCUGACCGGCGUCACGCAGAUCCGCUUUGAAGUUUUUGUAAAACCCUGUAGCCUCCUCUCGCCCUUGGAAGUGUGGUUGGGGUUUUUGGAACAGUUGAAGAAGGAAAAGAAAAUGGUCUCAAAAUAAAACCAGUUAAAGGCUUUUGUCUGUGUAGAGUGAA